AUGGCGUCGACGAAAUCUCUAUUUUUCUCUCCUCUUAGCUCAGUCUUGAUCUUUCUCGUUGCCCAACAAGUCACAGCCCAAUACCACUUUUGCUUUAACGAAACAGGUAACUACACCAUUAACAGCACCUACCACGAUAACCUAAACCACCUCCUCUCAACACUCCCCAGCUCCCAAAACGGCAACGGUUACGGCUUUUACGAUCUCUCUUACGGCAAAUCAUCCGAUCAAGUUCACGGAAUCGGACAGUGCCGCGGAGACACCAUGCCCGACGUCUGCCAGAGCUGUCUUCGUGAGUCUGCUCGUCUUCUCCGAGACCGCUGCCCCUAUCAGAAGAAGGCAGCCGCUUGGUACGAAAACUGUAUGUUGCACUACUCUAACAGCUCCUUGCUUGGCGUCAUGGACACUUAUCCCCAACUUUAUUUGUUUGUCGGCCCAAACGUGUCCUCCAAUAUUAAGAAGAAAUAUCUAAAAGCACUUAGAAACUUAUUAGAUAACCUAAAAAAUCGAGUUGCGGCUGGUGGUUCUCUUAAAAAAUUUGCUGUAGAAAAUGUAACUGCUCCACAGUUUAAAACCAUUUAUGGGCUUGCCCAGUGCACACCUGACAUGGAUCAAAUAAGCUGCACCAACUGUUUGGAACAUGCAUUUGAGGUUUAUCAGAAUUGUUGUGUUGGGAAAAUAGGGGCAUCAGUCUUCGGCACCAAUUGUAGAUUUAGGUAUGAGGAUAAGCUCUUCUAUAAUUCUAUGGCCGCUGACGUUUCGCCAUGUGUUAAAGAAAAGCAAGAGAGUUAA